AUGUACUCCACACCUACAUACACCGGUCCAGCUCGUUUGAAGAAGAUAGUUUGUGGUGGGAAUCAUACCAUAUUGGUUCGUGAUGAUGGGGUAUGCUUUGGUUGUGGUGAUAAUGCCAAUGGUCAACUUCUUGACCCUUCAACUUAUGAUGGUGAUGAUGAUGACAAUAUUUUGAAAGGCUGGCAUGCGUUGAAUGGGGUGGAUAAUCCAUUUGCGGAUAUUGUUUGUGGAUGGGAAUUCACUGUGAUGGUUGAUCACCAAAAUAAUGUUUUCAGUAGAGGUGUGGGACUUAAAGGUGAAUUGGGACUUGGUGAUGAUUUAUUACAAAGUAAUACUUUCCGAAAAGUUAUUGGAUUAGAAAUAGCAAGAAAGGCAGAGGUGAAAUUGGCCUCUUCUUUCCAAAAUUGUGCUGUCUUGGUCAACGAGAAGGAUGUAAAUGGUGAGUAUACAUCCAUUGUUUAUGGAUGGGGUAGUAAUAUAAAAUGUCAGUUAUUCAAACCUCGAGUAAGCAAGAGUGUUACGAAACCUGUGAUAAUACAUUCCAUUAAAACAAGGGAUUACAAUAAGACCAUUGAUUAUGUUUGUAUGGGGAAAGAUUUCAUGUUAUUUGUUAAUAAAGAAGGAAGAAUUACAGGUACUAGGGGGUCCAUUCCCAAAACGUUCCACUGGGAAGAGGAUUGGAUAGAUGAAAAGGACUUGAUUGUCCGGUGCAUGUGGUCGUCUAUUCAUAUUCUACAGAAACGUGCCACUCCUGAAGGGUAUGAUAAGAUAACAUCCUAUGGUUACGGUGGAUUUGGUCAAAUAUUUGACAUGCAGGGGAAAUUAGCACAUAAUAUGAAGGUGAAAGAUUUCAACAUUGGGAGUGAACAUGGUAUACUUGUUCUUGAUGAUGAUAAUAAAGUGGCUUGUUGGGGAUGGGGAGAGCAUGGUAAUUGUGGUCCUCCCAUAGCCGCUGAAGGCACCACAAGUACAAGUGCAAGGACAAGUACUACCCGUGGAGAGCCCGCGAGUAUGAUCAACGACGCUUGGCCGCUGAACACUGUCAUGCCGGGGUUUCCUACUGGUUGUGAGGUACGGGUGUUUGGCGGUUGUGCCAACACAUGGGUACUCGUGCAGUGA